CUUUUACGCUUAUUUAGAUACUCCUGCCUCUUGCUCACCAGCUAGUUGAGGGACAUGGGAAGGGGAAGAGGUUUGGGGAAUUUUGGAGCAAGGAACUGGAUGCAUUUCUGUUGCCAGGAAGAAUCUUUGAGGCUGUUAGGGAAGGAACAGGAGGUAGGAUUUCUGUUGUAUAAUGGCAUGGGUGAGGACUGUAUGCAGACACAGGACAUGUCCCUCCAGGCAACCAAGCUUUGUUAAAUUUGCUGUCUCCUCCGCACAGAAGUGUCAUUCAAGUUUUUGUGUGGUCACUUGGAGGAAUAGAAAAAUCUUUUUAUAACAUGAGGAAGCAUAUUCAUAUGACCCCAAUACAGAUACUUUUCUUUGAGAUAUUUGUAUAGACCUCUUUUACUGGAGAGAAGGAAGCAUUUCUGAAGCAUUUUUUAACUUCUUCUAAAGUAAAUAAGAGAGAGAUGAGACAAAUCCACCAUGGCUUCCUGUGUCAUGGGUACAAGUAUAAAGCUUUAGCAGUAGAUCGUAUUCAUACUGGUUUUAGAAUAGAUUAGUUGUUGUGUGGCAUUGACAGUAGUUCUCAGGUAAUUUUAAUAACCCAUUCUUAUGAUGGUUUAAAAGUUAAAUUUUCUCUUGCGCUUUAAGUCCUCUUCCCUGUGAAAACUGCCUCAGAUUAAACAAAGCCAGUUCGUCUCAUUCGUGGACGACAAGGUAUUGAUGAUUAUGAGUCUAUGACUUUUAAUUCCUUUUGAGCUUUUAAAAAUAUGUUAUGUUAUGCAAGUGACAUUUGAAUGACUCCUUUCUGUAGAACCUUAAUUGCUUGGUGAUAUUUUACGGAAUGAUGGAGUGGAUUCUGCAUCCCUAAAAGUCAAUGGGAACAGAAUUGACCUCAACUUAUUUCAAGGCUGUUCAGGCACUACUUUGCACUGCCCACUAAUCCUGGUGAGCAGUUCUUUAUGUUUUGUACACUUGCUGCUUGGCUGAUCACUAAAGCAGGACAUCCCUUCGAACAGCCACAAGAAUAUGAUGAUCCCAAUGCAAUAAUAUCAAAAAUACUCUCAGAACUGCGGUCAUUUGGAAGGCCUGUGGAUUUUCCUCCCUCAAAAUUAAAGGCAGGUUAUGGAGAACAGGCAUGCUACGUUCUGGACUGUUUAGCUGAAGAAGCCUUGAAAUACACUGGCUUUAGCUGGAAAAGACCAAUAUAUCCAACAGAAGAGCUAGAAGAAGAGGAAAUAACAGAAGAUGAUGCAGAAUUAACGCUCAAUAAACUGGAGGAGGAAGUUGUGGAAGAAGAGUCAGACAGUGAAGAAAACUUCAUCGAUCUGAAUGUUCUAAAGGCACAAUCUUACAAAUCAGACAUUAAUGAUUCUGCGAAGCAAGAAGAGAUUUUGGAGUCCACGACAGAUGCAGCAGAGUGGAAUCUGGAAGUGGAACGUGUGCUUCCACAGCUGAAAGUUACAGUCAGGACUGACAAUAAGGAUUGGAGGAUCCAUGUAGAUCAAAUGCAUCAGCAUAAAGAUGGAAUUGAAUCUGCUUUGAAAGAAACUAGGGGUUACCUUGACAAACUUCAUAAUGAAAUCAGCAGAACAUUGGAAAAGAUCAACAGCAGGGAAAAGUACAUCAACAAUCAGUUAGAGCAUUUGGUUCAAGAAUACCGUUCAGCACAAGCCUUGUUGAGUGAGGCUAGAGAGAAGUACCAGGAGGGAAGUGGAGGAGUAACCGAGAGGAUUAAAGUGCUUUCAGAGAUUACAGAAGUAUUAGAGAGAGUAAAGCAGGAAAUGGAAGAGAAAGGAAGCAGCAUGACUGAUGGUGCUCCUCUAGUGAAGAUUAAACAGGCCUUAACAAAACUGAAGCAAGAAACUAUUCAGAUGGACAUACGAAUUGGUGUAAUGGAACACACCUUACUCCAGUCAAAGCUAAAAGAGAAAUCAAAUAUGACUAGAGAUAUGCAUGCAACAGUGAUUCCAGAAACCACAGUAGGUGCCUAUUAAAAUUGUUUGGAACUGACUUGAUUUGCCCAAAAUACAGUUUUCCAUCAUUUGCUUUUCUGUUAUUUUGGAUAUUUUUUCCUUUUGUUUUUCUACUUUGGUGGGUUUGGGGUUUUUUGUUUGUUUUUUUUAACAAGGUGCUUGUUGUGCACUUUUAAGUAACAUUAUGCACACUUUGGACUCAACAUGGACCUACAUUUAGUUUUUUGCUUUAAAGAUUUACUGCAAAUGUCUUACAAAUAUACUAAUAAAUUCUUAUUAAUGAACAUGUCUACUUCAUUGUAGAAUGCUAAGGAAUGUGAAAGUGUAUAGAAUUUUACUGACACAGCCUGUAAUCUUUAAACCUGAUUAGAUAUUCUACAGUGCUGAAGGAAAAUUGCUUGCAAAGGACUUGAAAGGAAUUCAAAAUGUCUAUUAUUGCCAUUUACAUAUAUUAAAGUAUUUAAUUGCUGAUAUUGAAAUAAUACAGCAUUACCCUUCCUAAAAGCCUGAGUCAAAUUUGAUUUCAGCUGCAAGUCAAAGUAAAUUGUUGCUUCCACUUGAAGUUUAUGAACCGAGCAUAGUAAUCUAAAAUGUUGAUUUCAAGUCACUGGGCCCCACUGAAAAUCGGACUGUGGUUGAAAGGCAAUCACUGGUUAGCAUCAUGACUCCAGGAAGAUCUUUAUGUGUAUGAUCAAUGAAGAUGAAUGUGAUCUAGUGUUUACUGAUCUGACAUUCACAUGAAACGUGGGCUCCAUUCCCUGCAUGACUUUGGUUUACUCAUGGAGUGGCCCUUUUCCUUAGCCCUGUGGUGGGUGGAUAUGUAAUGUUUCCGUCAAGACCUGUUCUACUGGUAUUUCUCUGAAAUUCUGAGUAUUUAAAAUUAUUCACAAUUAGGAUGAAGCAAGAAGGUUUCUGUAUAUGUCACUAUUGGAUGCAUGUUCCCAAGCUGUUACAAAUUCUUUUCUCUGUGUCUGUUGUACAGCCUUGAAUUUAUUCUGACCUUGAUGUCUGGAUAACAUAAAUAAGUUUACUGUUAUGUUUCCAUAAGGACAAAGGUGCAAAGCAGAAACUAGACAGUAGUUGCAGGGGGCACACAACAUGACACACUCCACACUAGUGCUGGGACAAUUUUGGUGUGUUCCUAUGGCAGGUCAGAGCCACAGCUGAGCCCUGUACAACUUUGUGAAUGCACAACCCCAUUCCUCACUUUUUUUUCUUUUUUGGAGUAGUCGUCUGACAUGGAUGUUCUUUGUAGUUAUUUUUAUUUUUACAUUGCCUGUAACAGAAGCAAUAAAAAGAUAAUCUACGCAAAGGCCAGAAAAUGUGAAAACUGAUGUGGAGAUCGCUGCUGGCUUUCUGUUUUUCCUUUUGGUAUCAUCACUGUAUUUCAGAAUCGCUUUGUAUUAGCAUUGAGUCAAAUGUUGCUUUCACUUGCAGCAUACAUAAAGCCCCAUUGACUUCAUUUGGAUUAUUCUUGAUUUCUGUCAUUGUCAGAACACUUAACUUUGAUCUCUGUCAGGUAUAAAUGUUACCAAAUCUAGAUGUAUAAUAUAAAAUGAAAUAAAAAUAUAGAGAGAUGGGGCUGGAAACGUCAUGGCAACAGUGAACUCUUUCUCUUGGUAAACAUGAGCUAGAAAGUGGUUCUAGAGGUUAUAAGCUAAUGGAGUGUGGAGUGAAGAACAAGCCAUAUUAAUAUACUAGUACGUCCUUUGGAUUACUAAUGUUUGUAAACCAUAGACAAAAUUGUUAGAAUUCCAGUUAUAUCAAAUUCCUCCCCUAACUUCUGUAGGUAAUUCCACUCAUCUUGCAACAGUUUCUCACUCAAAAGCAAAUUUGUCACAUCAGCAGUAUUUUGUAGAAACAAUGGAUGUGUCCUGUGUAAAACAAAAAGACGCUUGACCUACAGUCAGUCAGUCCCAUGGGUGUCAAGUUUCUCAACUUUGUGCUUCAGUAUUUCAUUUGCAAAAAACAAAACUCCCCAAAACAAAAACAAAAAACACCCCCGCAGAUUUUAAUAAAUGAAAAGCAAUAUGUAAAUGCUGAAUAUUAUAAUUUACCUGUGCAAGCAGCUGCCAAAAAUCUCUAUGAAUCACACCUAGAAAUCAGUUUCCAACCUCUUUGCUGCCUACCUAUAUCCUCCUACAUCCAGCUUAAAUUAGAAAAGUUAUUAUUCAUGUUCCCUUUAUAAGGUGGUGUUGCUACUGCAUAUUUACUUUAACAGUGGGUUUAUUUCAACUUAGGAUAAAGCAAACCCUUCUGCAUUGCCUGCAAAGCACACAAAUGCUUUAGGAUUGCUGUAUAAAUGCUGUUUAUGUAAAUUCUUUUCCCCCAAACUACUCCUUUGUGCUAAUACAACAAAUAAAUUUAAUAAAAACCUUGCCUUAUGUUGAUCAA